AUGGCCUCGCCAAGCUCCGAAUGCAUACUGCCCAAACCCUCGACUACCUGCAGGAAGCUACCCGCGAUCUGGGCUAUCAGCUUCGACGUUUCACCCGCACAACAUGCAGGAGCUUCAUUACCAAAGAACUGCCACGUGAAGAAGCAGCGCGACGGAGACACAAUACCACCCGAGACAAAUGCUGGGACUAAGGUCAAAACUUUCAAUGCAAAUACGGUCAAGACUCACUUUCUCGGUGACUACGUUCCGACCAUACCGCUCAUCGGAACAACUGAUUCUUAUUCGACCACAACGGGAGAGCUAGAGCAUAAACAGGGCAAGGCUUUCUAUGAGCGAACAAGCAAAAACAACGCGACCUCUCAGAUCAGUAAUCUCGAGCGACGGGAGGCAGCUCUUCUGAAAAUUGCGGAUGAUGUUCGGACUUUGCCACAGCCUGUGCCCCCAGUCGACGACCCGGUCCUGACGGGUGCAAAGCGAAAAUGGGCGACAACAGCCAGAGCGACCAAGAAGCAGGACCCCACUCUCAGCUUUGCUCAGGCAGAGGCCCUCCCAUAUACGCCUCCUGAGGAGCAUAUUCAUAUCUCGCUCAGCCGACAUGUGCAUGUCAAUCUCGACUUUUGGAUCGAACAGCAUCUCGGUGACCCUGCGUUCCAGAAUUUUCGUGUCAAGCUACAGACUUAUCUACUGGGUCGUCUUCUCCACCCAGAGUACUCCAGUGAUGGGUCGGAAUACACCACCCUCGACCGCAACCGUCUCCAUAUCCCUAAUCAACGGAUCUUUAUCCACAAAGUCUUACAAGUCAACUAUACCAGCUACGAUGUCCGCCGUGGCCAAGACUCGAUGAAUCCACGCACUCAUGCUGAUGUUCUCACCCUCGCCCCUGAAGACUCUGCAGACGAGCAUCCUUUUUCCUACGCCCGUGUUAUUGGAGUAUGGCACUGCGAGGUCCAGUAUUGUGAGUUCGGCCAGCUAACACCUGCGAAAACUGUCUGCCUGCUAUUUGCUCGCCAUUUUCGCCUCGACAAGACGUUCAAGGGCGGCUUCAAGCGUCGACGCCUGCAUCACAUCAAGUUUGUCCCCGAACACGACGACAAUGCCUAUGGCUUCAUCAACCCAGACGAGGUCAUUCGCGAGGCACAUCUUGUUCCCGCAUAUGCACACGGAGUCACUGCGCGGGUUCACUAUCAGUCAAUUGGGCGACGCAAGGGCGAUUUCAAUGACUGA